AUGGGAGGCGGCAUAAAGCGGCUGGUUAGCAUGUUGUUGGGAGCGGUCAGUGGCGGGCAGAGGGACAAGAGCGAGAGGAUGCAGCGGCGUCGGCAGCUGCUGGUCACAGUGGAGCUCAGGGUCAGGAUGGACUGUGAGCGCUGCGAGCGUCAGGUCAGAAGAGCCCUCGCCGGCAUGAGAGGAGUGCAGCAUGUGGAGGUGAGCAGGAGGCAGCAGAAGGUGACCGCCACUGGCAGCUUGGACCCACACGAGGUCCUGCGCAGGAUCCAGUCCACGGGGAAGAAGGCCGAACUGUGGCCCCAGUACCCUGGUUACGGCGGCGGCGCCGCCGCCGCCGCCGCGGUGGUCCACUGCGGCCUCGGACCACCGCACGACAGGUGGGCGCCCGCUUGCCACCCGAGGAACAUGGACGCCGCCAUGGGCGCCGAGCACAUCGCCAACUUGUUCAGCGAUGACAACCCCAAUGCCUGCUCACUCAUGUGA